GCUGCGCUCUCCGAUGCUGGUACAUGCAUGUGGUAGGCGCUGCGAUCUUUGUGGACAAGAGUGCGAGGUACGUCGACGUGACCUACCUCCGCUACUUCAUGGACUUGACCACCGUUCACCAGUGGAACUGGGGGCAGCUACACUGGCAUACCUAUACCAGAAGCUGAAUGAGGCCUCCAACUGGAGGACGAGGCAGUUGACCGGAUCCUGCACACUACUCACGAGCUGGAUCAUCUCUUACUUCUCCCGGAUCCACGGCUUUCACAUUGAUCCUGAGUACGUUGACGCCAUGCCCAGGGCCGCCAGAUACGUUCUCCAAAGGGGGAACAAUGCGGUGGGACCAUACCGUGGGUACCUGGACCGCACGAUGCACGAUGACGUCACCUGGAGGCCAUUCAGCGACUACACUCAGGUUGUCCCCUUUGACGGCAUAUCUUUAUAUUCUGGUUGGUUGGCAUGCGGGACCAGCAUCAUGGUCCGGUAUCUCCCUGAGCGGUGCAUGCGGCAGUUCGGAUUUGUGCAGAUGAUACCCAGGUCACCUUUUGAGGCUGCUCCCGACACAGUGACCAGAGUGCAGUUCACUGCCAUAUUUGAGGAUUGGGAGCAUCAUGUGGUACCGGAGGAGUAUCGUCGCAUUCGGGUCACCUAGGACUGGCACAAUGUGGAGGGGUACGUCACAUGGUUCUACCGGGUGUCACAUCCUCUACUGACACCCGACGCUCCUGGCGCUCCUAGGCCAGCACACGAGGAGAUCCUGGAGAACCAGCAGGCCGAGGAUGACCACGCCAUUGAUCUCCUGCCGAUCUGCCAGCGGAUAGAGAUGCUUGGGCGGGACGCGUUGGAUCGAGGUGUCGUUCAUCAGGGCGGUCCAGAGGCAGUCGCCGUGAUGGAGAUGAUCGUCACUGAU